AUGGCAGAUUUCAACCUCACUCCCUCUGACCGUUCAACAUUUAUCCUAGUGGGCAUCCCUGGUAUGGAAGCUGCUCACAUCUGGAUGUCCAUCCCUUUCUCUAUGUUCUACAUUAUCUGCCUGUUGGGAAAUUUCACACUUCUCUUUAUUGUAGGGAAAGAGCAGAGCCUGCACAAGCCGAUGUACCUGUUGCUCUGCAUGCUGGCGCUCACAGACAUCACCACAUCUACCUUUGUUGUUCCAAAAGCACUGUUGAUAUUUUGGUUCAAUUUGAAAGCUAUUACUGUGGGUAGCUGCCUCACCCAGAUGUUCUUCCUUCAUGCGGUUUCUAUUAUGCACUCAGCUAUCCUUGUGACAAUGGCCAUUGAUCGCUAUGUUGCCAUAUGUAACUCUCUGAGAUACAACACUUUCCUCACCAACAAACGAAUAGCUAAGCUAGGGCUCGUGGGUUUGAUAAGAGCUGUUCUCUUCAUUCUGCCCCUGCCCCUGCUCCUAAUCAGGCUUCCAUACUGUGCCAACCGCAUUAUCCCCCAUAUGUACUGUGACCACAUGGCUGUGGCAAAGCUAUCAUGUGGGGACAUCACAAUCAACAGGAUGUAUGGUUUGGCAAUGGCAUUUGUAGUCAUGGGGUCAGACCUGACAAUCAUUGCCCUGUCUUACAGUCUGAUCAUCAGGGCCAUCCUCAGAAUCAACUCCAAGGAAGCCCACCAGAAAGCCCUCAACACCUGCACAGCCCACCUCUGUGUGAUGAUGAUGGCUUAUCCUGUCGGAUUCUUCUCCACUCUGGUACACCGGUUUGGCCAUGACUUUGCUCCCCAGGUUCACAUCAUAUUGGCCAAUGUCUAUUUUGUUAUUCCCCCCAUGCUCAACCCUAUCAUUUAUGGGGUCAAAACCAAAGAGCUUUGUGACAAAGUGGGCAAAUACACCUACAGAAUGUGUUCGCCUGGGGCAACUUACUUUAAACCUGCUUGA